GAUUACUGAAUACUGUCAUGUCCGUUGCUCUCUCUACAUGUGUUGCAUUUGUAGCACCCCCUUAUAUUCUGUGUGGACUGAUGAUAUGUGAAGACCGAACUAAUCUAGGCCUGUAGUCGGGAUUUAGUCGACUCGAUCACAGCGAAGCUAGCGUAUCCUAGUUAGUAAUAAGCACUACGAGUAAGAAGUAUGAUGCUGCACUAGUUCGGGGUCCGCCCUUUGCUAUUACCGUGGAAAACAAGCAAUUUGCUUUACAUCCAUGUUCAGCGAGGGCUAUACUUGCAUGGAGCGCGAACAUGCCGUGUCUCACCGGCCGGGGACCGAAGAUCGUAUUUUAUUGAUUUCUGAAAAAUAAGGUCCCACAUUUCUUGAACCAUAUGUAGUAGGACUGGAACAUUACGAUGUUUGCCGAGACAUUAUCAUGCGACGGUCGUUUAUGUCAGUAGGACCGGUUCUAUGUCCCAUCUGGGCAACGGAGCGUUGACAAUCAGCCACAAGAAGAUCGCCCAGCUCCGCCACCUCGCUCGGCUCCACGCCCAUCACCGGUGGUUCUACCUCCUCCCCGCCCUCUGCACAAGCCGCCACGCUGCGUCAGCCUCAUCUUCGGGCCCGCCCCAUGGCCCGGCCUCCCCGUCGUCUGCCUCCACCCGGGCGCCCACCGCCACAUCCUUCACCUGUUCAGUGGGAUCCGGAUCUGACGCCUCCUCCUACCUCACACUGAUGAAGUCCGCAAGCAGUCGUGUCGGGACGCAGGUCCACGCCCAUGCCGUGAAGCUGGGCCUUGAUCGAGAUGCCUACCUUCGGAAUGCCGUCAUGACCUCGUACGCCAAGGCCGGCCCCGUUGGGGAUGCACGGCGCAUAUUCGAUGAAAUGCCCGAGAAGAGGAUCCCUGCGGACUGGAACUCGAUGAUCUCCGGGUACUGGAAGUGGGGCUUCGGGGAGAGAGCGCGAGAGCUCUUCGACACAAUGCCGUGUAGAAAUGUCAUCACUUGGACGGCUAUGGUGGCUGGGUGUGCUAAAACGGGGGACUUGGAUAGUGCGAGAAAGUAUUUCGAUAAAAUGCCUCGCCGGAAUGUGGUCUCUUGGAACGCAAUGCUCUCAGGAUACGCUCAGAAUGGGCUCCAUGACGAGGCCCUGAAGCUGUUCGACGGGAUGGCGAGUUCGGGUUUUCAGCCUGAUGAUACCACCUUGGUUGCUGUCAUCUCGUCGUGUGCAGCUCGUGGGGAUGCUUCCCUUGCUGCCUCGCUCAUUGAGAGGCUUGGGUUCAACCAGGGAUGUCCAGGCUCGAACUUUUUCGUGAAAACAGCACUUCUUGAUAUGUAUGCGAAGUGCGGGAGCAUCGCAAAGGCUAGACAGAUCUUCGAUGAAUUGAGGGAUGGAAGGAGCACGGUCACAUGGAAUGCCAUGAUCUCGGCUUAUUGCAAGGAGGGCGAUUUGGUCUCAGCCAGGGAGCUCUUCGAUACAAUGCCAUUGCCAGAGAGAGAUGUGGUCUCUUGGAACACUAUGAUCAGUGGGUACGCUCAGAAUGGGCAAUCCGCCCUCGCGAUACAGCUCUUCCGACAAAUGACCGCUUCGAAUGUUGGAGUAUUCCUGAAACCCAAUGAGGUCACGAUCUCGAGUGUACUUUCAGCGUGUGGACACCUAGGGGCAAUGGAGUCUGGCAAUUGGGUCGUGAAUUUUGUGAACGACAAUCGGAUCGAACUAGGCAUUUCGGGCUACAACUCUCUAAUAUUCAUGUACUCAAGAUGCGGGAGGAUGGAUGAUGCUCGAAGAGUUUUCUACAAAGAAAUGGGAACAAAAGAUGUGGUAUCAUACAAUACUCUGAUCACUGGAUUAGCAGCUCAUGGGCAUGGCUGGGAGGCUCUGCAACUGUUAUCUGAGAUGAAAGCUCGAGGCUUCAAACCGAACCAUGUGACCUAUACGGGCAUCUUAACAGCAUGCAGCCACGCGGGAUUACUUAGAGAGGGACGUGAAGUCUUUGAAUCCAUUAGGGACCCCAUGGUCGAUCACUAUGCAUGUAUGGUGGACUUGCUCGGUCGAGUCGGUGAGCUCGAGAGGGCAGAGCUGUUGAUACAGAAGAUGCCAAUGGAGCCACACGCCGGGGUGUAUGGGUCGUUUCUCAAUGCAUGCCGUAUCCAGCGAAGGGUUGAUCUUGGGGAGACAGCUGCGAGGAAACUUUUUGAGCUCGAGCCAAACCACUCAGGGAACUACGUCUUGCUCUCAAACUUAUAUGCUUCAGUGGGGAGGUGGGGAGAUGUCCACCGGGUCAGGGAGCUGAUGAGAGAGAAGGGUGUGAAGAAGGCGACCGCUUGGAGCUGUGUGGAACACAAGGGGAGGAUCCACGAGUUCGUCAUGGGAGACAGGUAUCAUGAACGAUCGGACGAGAUCUAUGAAGUGCUGGGCAAGUUGGAAACAAGGAUGAGAAGGGCAGGGUACAUGGUCGAUGAGAGCUGUGCACUGAGAGACGUGGGCGAGGAGGAGAAGGAAGAGUCGGUGAGAGUUCACAGCGAGAGGUUAGCAAUUUGUUACGCCCUGCUGGUAAGCGAGGUCGGGACUGUGAUUCAGGUGGUGAAGAAUCUAAGAGUUUGUCCAGACUGUCAUGCGGCGAUCAAGCUGAUCUCUAAAUUAGAGAGGAGAAAGAUCAUUGUGAGGGACAACAACAGGUUUCACCAUUUUGUUGAAGGCAAAUGUUCUUGCAAUGAUCAUUGGUAGAUAGAGAGAACAUUAAACAUCUCGAUCUUUUUUCCCGAUUGAUCAUAAUCAGAGAAACAUUAUUAAAAGAACA